AGAUCAGACUUCUCGUUCUCGUCAGUUUAGUUUGAUUCGUGCUCGCGAGUUCACGCAACCAAACCAACUGCUCCCACCUAAACUUAGACUGGUUUAUAACAUAAAUAAUAAUUUGUAAACACAAAUAACUUAUAAAAUGUCUAUGCGCGACGUAGAUCACGAAAAGAGAAAACAGAUUUCGGUGAGAGGUAUCGUAGAUGUCGAGAAUGUUGGAAAUUUCAAGAAGACUUUUAAUAGACAUCUGCAUUACACUCUCGUGAAAGACCGAAAUGUUGCAACUUCAAGGGAUUAUUUUUCCGCCUUAGCACACAGCGUUAAAGACAAUCUCGUUUCUAGAUGGAUCCGCACCCAGCAAUAUUACUAUGAAAAAGAUCCAAAGCGUGUAUAUUAUUUAUCUCUGGAGUAUUACAUGGGCAGAUCACUACAAAAUACGAUGAUUAAUUUAGGAAUUCAAGGAGCAUGUGAUGAAGCAAUGUACCAGAUGGGCCUGGACAUUGAAGAACUAGAGGAACUUGAAGAAGAUGCGGGGUUGGGUAACGGGGGUCUAGGUCGAUUGGCAGCCUGCUUUCUUGACAGCAUGGCAACACUAGGUCUUGCAGCAUACGGCUACGGGAUUCGUUAUGAAUACGGAAUAUUUGCUCAGAAAAUAAGAAAUGGCGAGCAAGUUGAAGAGCCUGAUGACUGGUUGAGGUACGGGAACCCAUGGGAAAAAGCGCGACCUGAAUUUAUGCUGCCGGUAAAUUUCUACGGGCAUGUGAUAGAAACUCCGGAAGGAAAAAAGAAGUGGGUUAAUACUCAAGUUGUCUUUGCUAUGCCGUACGACAACCCGAUUCCCGGUUACAAAAAUAAUGUCGUAAAUACUUUGCGACUUUGGUCUGCUAAAUCACCAAUUGAAUUUGACUUGAAGUUUUUCAAUGAUGGUGACUACAUCCAGGCUGUCUUUGAUCGUAAUUUGGCUGAAAAUAUAUCGCGUGUGCUCUAUCCCAAUGACAAUUUCUUCGAAGGAAAGGAGCUGAGAUUGAAGCAAGAAUACUUUAUGGUUGCAGCGACUCUUCAAGAUAUUAUACGUCGAUACAAAUCAAGCAAGUUUGGAUCACGAGAUCAUCAUCGUACUGAUUUUGAUGAAUUUUACAACAAAGUUGCGAUCCAGUUGAAUGAUACCCAUCCUUCACUUGCAAUUCCUGAGUUAAUGAGAAUUUUAAUUGACGUAGAAGGACUCUCGUGGGAAAAAGCAUGGUACAUUACCACACGUACGUGUGCGUACACAAAUCACACGGUGUUACCUGAGGCACUUGAACGGUGGCCAGUUAGUAUGCUCGAGAGUAUUCUACCUCGACAUUUGCAGAUUAUUUAUCAUAUCAACUUCUUACAUCUUCAAGAAGUAGGCGCCAAGUAUCCCGGAGACUUGGACCGACUCAGACGAAUGUCUCUCGUUGAAGAAGACGGUGAGAAAAGAAUAAACAUGGCGCAUUUGUCAAUAGUUGGCAGUCAUGCCAUCAAUGGGGUGGCAAGAAUUCAUUCAGAAAUUGUAAAAACUAGCAUUUUCCGCGAUUUCUACGAAAUGCAUCCAGAAAAAUUCCAAAAUAAAACCAACGGAAUCACUCCUCGAAGAUGGCUACUGCUCUGCAAUCCCAAUCUCUCUGAUUUGAUUGAAGAGAAAAUAGGCAGUGAGUGGACGACUCAUCUUGAGCAACUGGCCCAGCUUAAAAAAUGGGCAAAAGACCCCAACUUCCAACGCAGCGUCAUGAAAGUAAAGCAGGAAAAUAAAUUAAGACUGACUGAGAUGCUGGAAAAAGACUACGGGGUUAAAGUUAAUCCCGCUUCAAUAUUUGAUAUUCAAGUUAAACGUAUCCAUGAGUACAAACGUCAAUUACUUAAUUGUUUACACAUAAUUACACUUUACAAUCGUAUAAAAAAAAAUCCUUCGGCUCCAUUUGUACCACGGACUAUUAUGAUCGGUGGUAAAGCUGCUCCAGGUUAUAUGCUGGCGAAAAAAAUAAUAAAAUUAAUUUGCAGUGUCGCUCACGUUGUUAAUAAUGACCCGAUAAUUGGUGAAAAAUUGAAGGUCAUUUAUUUAGAAAACUACCGAGUCACACUUGCGGAAAAAAUAAUCCCGGCUGCUGAUUUGAGCGAGCAGAUUUCAACCGCUGGUACUGAGGCUUCAGGAACCGGUAACAUGAAAUUUAUGUUAAACGGAGCAUUGACUAUCGGAACAUUAGAUGGCGCCAACGUAGAAAUGGCCGAAGAAAUGGGUAACGAAAACAUAUUCAUUUUUGGAAUGAACGUCGACGAAGUUGAAGAAUUGGCGAAAAAGGGUUACGAUGCCUGGCAUUAUUACAAUACAUUACCAGAAGCUAAGCAAUGCAUCGAUCAAAUAUCCGGUGGAUUCUUCAGCCCAAACAAUCCAGAUGAAUUUAAACAAAUAACCGAUGUACUUAUGAAGUGGGAUCGGUUUUAUUUGCUGGCUGAUUAUGAAGCUUACAUAAAAUGUCAGGAGCGCGUUAGCGAGGUUUACAAAGACUCGACUAAAUGGGCUGAGAUGUCCAUUAAUAAUAUCGCAUCUUCCGGUAAAUUUUCAUCAGAUCGUACUAUUGCUGAGUAUGCCCGCGAAAUUUGGGGCGUUGAACCCUCAUGGAAACCACUGCCUGACCCUCAUGAGCCACGAGACAUGUAAAUGUCAUAUUAAUCAAAAGUUAAAUUAUAUAAUAUAUAUUACAUAUAUUUAUGAAUUAAUGUUAUCUGUUGAAAAACAAAAAAAAUAAUCUGACUAUUGCAUAAAUGUAGCAUGACAUUAAUCGAUUAAGUUUAAAUGUUUUAAUUUAUUAAUUAAUAAGAAAAUUCAAAGUACAGCGAACGAGACUUGAGAUGGAAAUAAAUUCCGUCCGAUUGAUCAAUGCCAUAGUAAUUUUUACAACUCGCAACGAAAACAGACAUAUUUCUUAAAGUACAAAAUUUUUAAAUUUAAAAUAGACAAAUAUUUAUAUAAUAUACAUAUUGCAAUACUUUUUACUUAUAUACCAAAGUUUAUAUAUUGUACAAGUACACGUGUUCUUUCAAAAAAUUUUAUAUAAAUGAAAAACUAUCGCUCAUUCUUGUAAUUAUUAUAUAAGAAGUUCGAUUAAUUGUUAAUCUAUUUUUGAAAUUCAAAAAAUAAUGAUUUAAUCAAUUUAUCGAACCGAAAAAAAUGUUUUAAUUAAAUGUUUGGAAAUAUAUUUAGAGUUUAUCUGUAUACUUUGUGAUUUUAUGGGCAGCUGAUAAA